AUGGGUAGGGACUAAAAGAUAAUCCUAGAAAAAUUUUGUAAUAAAAAACAUAUUUUUCCUAUGUUUAUUAUUUUUGAGUAGAGACAAUGUGAAAUUGAGACUAGUCCGCAGACAGAAAAAUUAGUUUUUUUGUGCUAAAAAUCUAGUCACAUUAGAAUCUCUACUCAAAAAUAAUAAAUCGACGGCCUAGAAAACCAUAUAUUCUAUUACAAAAUAUUAUUCUGCAUAGUCCGUUAUCUUCUGGCCUAGAAAACGCAAAUUCUAUUCAAAUUUGCCACGUACAUAGUCCACGGCCUAGAAAUUGAACUUUGCAAAUUUUAUACAACGGAAUCGUGAUCAGGGUGUCAAAAAUUGCUAGAAAACCAAUAUUUAAUUAAAAAAAUAAGUCCAGCCCAAAAAGGCGUCUACUUCCUCAAACAUCAUCUGUCCGAAGGUGCCGAUUAUCAAGUGAUUCCAGAAGAGGUUUUCGUCAGAAAACCAAAUUCUAUACAAUGAUCCUACUAUAGUCCACGGCCUAGAAAACCAAAUUCUAUACAAAUCCUAGUCCACGGCCUAGAAAACCAGAAUAUUAGUACGGAAAUUAGUGCUGAAGAGCUCGGAUAUCUAUGGGUAGGGACUCAAGAAAAUUGAAAACUAGUCCACGGCCUAGAAAACCAAUAUCUAUACAAAUCCUACAUAGUCCGUGGCCUAGAAAACCAAAUUCUAUACAAAUCCUACAUAGUCCACGGCCUAGAAAACCAAAUUCUAUACAAAUCCUAGUCCACGGCCUAGAAAACCAAAUUCUAUACAAAUCCUACAUAGUCCACGGCCUAAAAAACCAAUAUCUAUACAAAUCCUACAUAGUCCGUGGCCUAGAAAACCAAAUUCUAUUCAAAUCCUACAUAGUCCACGGCCUAGAAAACCAAAUUCUAUACAAAUCCUAGUCCACAGCCUAGAAAACCAAAUUCUAUACAAAUCCUAGUCCACGGCCUAAAAAACCAAUAUCUAUACAAAUCCUACAUAGUCCGUGGCCUAGAAAACCAAUAUCUAUACAAAUCCUACAUAGUCCGCGGCCUAGAAAACCAAAUUCUAUACAAAUCCUACAUAGUCCGCGGCCUAGAAAACCAAAUUCUAUACAAAUCCUACAUAGUCCGCGGCCUAGAAAAUCAAAUCUUAGUCCGUGGCCUAGAAAACCAAAUUCCAUACAAAUCCUACAUAAUCCGUGCACACCUCGGCCAAAAUCGUGGUUUCCACAAUAAAAAAUAGUACGCUAACUUUUUACAGUACAACAAUUGUGAAUUUUUCAGUUUUUGUCCUCUAAAAUUUGUGAUUUUUCAAUUUUUGACCUCUAAAAACUGAAAUUCAGAUUUUUCCAAAAAUUGUAUUCUGGCCAGCCACGGCUUGGCCGAGGUGCAGUCUGCAAGCCAAACUCGAUUUCUGAUCGAAAAAACAACGGAAUUCGCCUACUUUAUGUAAAUUUUCAAGAAAAAUCAGAGUCUGGACGAAAAUCGCCUACUUUAACAGAAAAACCAGAAUUUUAACCUACUCGCCUCAAUUUCCACCAAAAAAGCACAAUUUCCCACCUACUUUACGUCAAAAAUACAAAAAUCUCCACCGUAAAAAAAUCUUAUUGUUCAAAGUGAGAUUUUCCAAACCAACAGUUCAAAACAAAAAUGAAAAAAUGCAAAAAAAAAAAAGAAAAAAACAUUGACUAUACCGGAUGUUCGAAGCGCACUGGUGCUGAAAAGCACUGGCACUAAAACCGCACUUGGUGCCUCGAAUGAGCGUCAGUGCCGAAACGCACUUUUUAGAACCUGCAGCAAAACAGAACCACAAUAAGAAGGAAAUGAAAGUUCCCCUCCAGGUGGCACGUGCCAGAGGUUUCCUAACAUCUCAUAUAAUACCGUGGGGCGAAACAGAGAGAAGCGGGCAAAAAUAUAAUCACAGAAAUAUGUCACAUAUUCCUGUGAUAGUCUAGAAGAAGAGAUCCGCAACAGAACCACAGUAAUAAGGAAGUGAAAGUUCCCCUCUAACCGCCAUUUGCUAGAGGUUUCCUAACACCUCACAUACUACUGUGGGGCGAGAGAGAGAUCAGAAGCGGCGAAACCCAGGGCUGCUCAAAUUUUCAGGUUUUUUAAGCAAGUGAUUUGAAAUAUUGGAUUUUAAUUUUAUUCAUAUGAUAGAAUGGUCUAAGACGAACAGAAUGAUAUAAAUUUUGAUGAAUUCACGUUAUCCUUAAGUGAUUUAGCGACGUUUAGUCGAUAUUUAGUCGAUAAGCCGAGUCGAUCGACUAAAUGUCGCUAAAUCACUUAUGGAUAAGGUAAAGUCAUCGAAAUUUAUAUCAUUCUGUUCGUCUUAGACCAUUCUAUCAUAUGAAUAACAUUAGAACCCAAAAUUUCAACUCAUUUGCUUAAAAAACACUGAAAAUGUCAUUUAGACGAUGUCAAACUAUACAACUAUGUCACAAUGUUUCGAAAUUUGAAUUUAUUGAAAUCACAAGCGUGACCUAGUUAUUCAAUAGGAUUUAUAAAACGAAAAAAACCCCACUUCCAGGUUUUUGGCAAGUGGGAAUUGCCUACCCAUUUGAGCAGCCCUGGCGAAACCACAGAAAUAUGUGAGAAGCAAAGAUCUCACAUAUUCCUGUGGGUAGAAAAAAAAGCGAGAGAGCACCCGACUCACGUUUUUCCUCGAGCGGCUAGCGGAGACAGCUACUAGGUAGAGAAUAAUGUAGAAAUAUUAGGGAAGAAAUUUUCGAAGUGAGAAAACACCUUUCUGACUGUUGCUUAUAUAGCAUUUUUGAGAGAUUUUAUCAUCACGUGUGUGUCACGUGGAUAAUAUAAAACCCUUUUUUCUAUUUUUUAUUUUGAAAAAAAAUUAGAAAAUUCGAAUCAUUACAAAAAUUAUGCGUGAAACGCGUGAAAAAAAAUGGCGAGGUCAGUGGAAAAACAAAUCAGUACUGGUUUUGACAAAUCAAAUCAACUGCAUAAAACUACAAAUUAUUCAUGAAUUUGUAUUAUACCAGAAGGGCUCCGCCGGCUCCUCCUUCUGGAUGGUCCGGGUUUUGCGCGUAGUUUUCUUUAGGUAAAAAGUUUUUUUAACGGUUUGAUUAUCGAAAACCAUUCUAAAAGUUAUGCAAUGAAUUUCGAUCCAAAACACACCUCGGCCAAAAUCGUGGUUUCCACAGUAAAAAAUAGUACGCUAACUUUUUACAGUACAAAAAUUGUGAAUUUUUCUGUUUUUGUCCUCUAAAAAUUGUGAUUUUUCAAUUUUUGACCUCUAAAAACUGAAAUUCAGAUUUUUCAAAAAAUUGUACUCUGGCCAGCCACGACUUGGCCGAGGUGUGAGUCCGUGGCCUAGAAAACCAAUUUCUUAACAAAUCCUACAUAGUCCGUGGCCUAGAAAAUCAAAUCCUAGUCCGUGGCUGAGAAAACCACCAAAUUCUAUACAAAUCCUACAUAGUCCGUGGCCUAGAAAACCACCAAAUUCUAUACAAAUCCUACAUAGUCCGUGGCCUAGAAAACCAAAUUUCUUCCAGCAUCCCUGCGCGAGCGAGUCUUCCACGAACUCAAUCUCAAACCUGAAGUCAACAUCAAAAUCUAUGUGGUGAAUGGUGAAAAUUGGGAACUGGUGGAUACAACUCAAUCAAUCGAUAGCUAUUUUGAUACCGCACAAAAGGUUGGUGCUGAAAAUUCGCUGAAAAACCUUUGAACAUUGGCUGAAAAUGCUGAAAUUUUGCUUAAAAACGAGCUGAAAAUCCUCAAAAACCUCUGAAAAUCCUCAAUUUUCUUGCAGAUUUGCAUCGACACUGAACAAGACGGCGAAUUUUUCUACAAAAAACCACCGCAAGCCCCAGCCACAAAAUCGCUCUUCGGACCAUCGAAUUCGUGAGUUUCAGAGUGAUUUUCAGCGCUGAAAAUGAGCCUUUGACGCAGAUUUGAAUUUUCUUUUUUUUUAUUUUUUUCGCGCUAAAACGUGGAUUUUUGCGCAAUGGUUUCAGCCAAAAAAAUUGUUUUUGUCUGAAAAUCUUUCCCUCUCGUACAGUGAUUCAUCAUCACCAUCAUCAUCUUCCGCUUCUUCCGCUUCCGCUUCUUCUUCCGCGUCGGAAAACGACGAGGCGGACGAAAAAUCGCCGCCGCGUCGCAAACGUCGCUACACACUAAACGACUCAAAAUCGCGUCGCUUCUCGUCGGCGACUUGUUCGUCGCCACGUUCGCUCGCCUCAAAACUGGUCUGGCCAUUCUUGACACUCUGGUGGCAUUUUCGCGAAUAUUGGUGGCGAUUCAGCCUGUUUUGGCCCGAUGAAGUACGAAGUUUGGUCGCUUUUCUGUUUGGAUGGUGGAUUUUACGACCGCCGGCAAGGUUUGACUCAUCUGAGAUUUGUGAUGAUUUUGGUGGAUUCUUUUGGUGGUGGAGAUGAAUUUGAACCCCUUUUUGGCGCGAAAAAUUUCGAAUUUUCAAGCUCUAAAUGUUGAAAAUUGGAAUUCCUUUGGUCUUAAACCUAUAAAAAACUGUUAAAAAUUAGUUUUCCAAGUUUUUCAGCCAAAAAUGAUGACAAAUCGAGUUUUUGAAGCUUCUGAAGUGAUUUCUGAUGAAAAUUGACCUUGGAAUUCACUUUCCAGAAGGUUUUGCUGAUUUUUCGGGUGAAUUUUGAAAAGUUCUAAAAAUGAGGGUUCUCGAAGCUUAUUUUCAGCUUCUGCGGUGAUUUCGGAUGAGCUUCGAGAAUCCUAAUUUUUAGAACUUUUCCGAACUUUACACGAAAAAAUCAGCAAAACCUUCUGGAAAGUGGAUUUCCAAGGCCAAUUUUCAUCAGAAAUCACUCCAGAACCUUCAAAAAUCUCUAUUUGUCAUCAUUUUUGACUGAAAAACUUGGAAAACUAAUUUUGACCUUUCAAUGUUCAAAAAACAUUUUUUUUCGUUUGUGAAUCAGAUCUGAUGCUCCUGAAAUCUUCUGAAAACUCUAGAUUUUUUUGCGCUAAAAAUCGUAUUUUUUGGUGCCAAAUUCAACUAUUUUGAGCUUCAGAGUCAAAAUUUAGCUCAAUAUCUCAUUUUUUCCAAAAAUUCAUCUAAAUUUCAGCUCCAAGGCGAAAAAAUCCAAAUUCACCACCAAAAAAUCCUUCUCCAAUUUUUCCGCUUUUUCGUUCCUCCAUCCUUCCGUCUUUCCGAUAUUCGGUAGAUCCAAAAAUUAAAAAAAAAAAAUAAAAAACAUUUUUUUUCGACGUGAAAAAAAUGUGGACAAUUUUUGUCAUUUCUCAUUUCUCCAAUAUGAUUCCAUCAAUAUUUUCAACAAUUUUGCGGUUUUUCGAAAUUUGCUGGCGGCGUUGUUUGAUGUGGUUUUUCGAGCGGUGAAUUUUUUUUCGCAGUUUCAGACGAAAAAUUUUUUCUGGAAUUUUUCUGAUGGUGAUGAUGAAUCCCUAGCCACUUUAUGUGUGUGUAGUUUUAGUUUGUAGUUUGAUGUUGUUUGAGAUGAUUUUUUUGGUGUGCUCUUGUGAUUCUACCGAAUAUCGGAGAGGCUAGGAUGUGUGGGGGCAAAAAUUGGCGAUGGAUUUUUUGGUGAUGGAAAAUUGAGCUUAAAACCGCUCCAGGACUCAUUUUUAGCCUCAGAAUCAGGAUUUUUGGCUUAAAAUUGAUCCAAAGAGCAGAAAAUUCGAUUUUUAGUAGAAAAUUCCGAGUUUUGAGCCAAAAUUGACCCUGAACCUUUUUGAAUCUGAAAAUUUGGAUGAUGUUCUCAAAAAUGAGCUCUAGAGCUCUGAAAUUUCAAUUUUUACAAAAUUUUUGGAUAAAGGCUUCAUUUCCAUAGAAAAAUUGAAUUUUGCGCUCAAAACUGCUCCAGAGCUCAUUUUCAACUUCAGAGUCAGAAAUCUGGCUUGAAGUUGAGCCCAAGAGCAUUUUUGAGUAGAAAAUUUGAGAUUUUGUCUGAAAAAGUUCUGAAAAUCUGAAAUUUUGUGCAAAAAUUAUGAUAUUCAUUGAAAAUCUAGCUCUAGAUUUUCAGAAAAGCUGCUGAAAUUCUUUGAGUGAAACCAAAUUUCCAGUGAAAAAUUUGAGUUUUAGCACAAAAAUCAUGGUUUUAAGGCUGAAAAUUGGAAUUUUCAGCAAAAAAUUCAAAUCCACCACCAAAAAAAAAUUCACCAAAAUUAUUGUUUUAAAAAAUGUAGAGAGAAUGGGAAAUUUAGAGAGUGCAGACAGACAAAUGAGCAUUUUUUGCUCGGAAAACGAGUUUUAGGCUCAAUUUUCAGUAAAAAUUGAAAAUCAGGCCAAAAAAUCGGAUUUUUCUGUCUGCACUCUCUCAAUUUCCCAUUGUCUCUAAUCAGAAGCAAAAAAAAGUCCCAUAAUAUUCAAUUUCCAAUCAAUUCUUUUGCAGAAUUGGCAAUGGUUCAUAUAGCGGCUAUUCGGGUGGCGGAACAUCCGCAUCUUCCGGCGGUGUUCCGCCCGGACAAUGCGGACUGCAGAAUUUGGGAAACACGUGUUUCAUGGCGUCAGCACUGCAGUGUUUGUCGAAUAUGCCACAACUUCGCGAAUAUUUUCUGUCCGAUGAGUAUUUGAACGAUUUGAAUGAGGAGAAUCCGCUGGGAACACAUGGGAAUUUGGCACAGGUUUGUGUGGGGCUGAAAUAAGCUGAAAAUGAUUAUUUUUGAGUGGAAAUUCAUGAAAAAUGAUGAAUUUUGACCUGAAAUUUGAUAAAAUCACGAAAAACUGAAAAUUAUGCCCUAGAAUCAGCCUUAGUAUUCCACGUGGCAUUUUUAGCAGGAAAAUUAGGUUUCUAACCUGAAAUAAGCUGAAAAUUGGGUGUUUGACCUCAAAAUGAUGCAUUUUUAGUGAAAAUUCACCGAAAACUUUGUCUUUGGGUCCUGCAACGAUCUACAGUACUCACCCGUAUUUUUCAGGCUGUCGGUGAAUUGUUCAAAUCAAUGUGGAAUGGUCAAUUUGGAAGUGUUAGUCCGAGAAGAUUCAAAGCGAUUAUUGGACAAUUUGCACCGAGAUUUAAUGGAUAUUCACAACAGGAUUCACAUGUGAGUUUUUGAGCUGGAAAUUUGAGAUUUUCAGAGGAAAAUGAGCUGAAAAUUUGAUUUUUCACCAAAUUUUCAGCUCCAAAAUACAAAAAUUUCAAUUCAGAGGGCUCACAGAGCAUAAUUUCUAACCAAAUAUCUGGAAUUUAGGUUCCAUGGUCUAUUUUUCGCUCGAAAAUUCAAAUUUUGAGCCUCGAAAAGCACUGAAAUAUACACUUUAAAGUGUUCCUGAGCCUAAUUUUAAUCAAAAAUUCAAAUUUCUCAAUUUUUGCUCGAAAAAUCGCAAAUUUCGGCCUAGAAUUGCUCAAAAACUCAAUUUUUACCCAGAAAUGUCGAAUUUUCUACUCAAAAAUGCUCUCGGGCUCAAUUUUAAGCCAAAAUUCUGAUUCUGAGACUGAACAUGGGCUCUGGAGCGAUUUUGAGCUCACUUUCAGCAUCAGAACUCAAAUUUUCAGCUCAAAAAGCUCUAGGGCUCAUUUUUGGCCGAAAAAUUUCGACCUAGAACUGCUCCAAGACUCAACUUCUAGCCAGAAAUUUCGAAUUUUAAGCUUUUUUAAGCAAAAAAUGUUCCUGGCUCAAUUUCGGCUCAAAAAAUUAUCCAAAAUUCCAAUUUUCCAGGAACUAAUGGCCUAUGUUUUGGACGGUCUUCACGAAGAUUUAAACCGAAUAAAAAAGAAGCCAUAUUUCGAAGACAAUGACGAAUUGGCCAAAUUACCGCUCCACGAAUACGCUCAAAAAUCAUGGGAAAUGUACAAAAUGCGAAAUGAUAGUAUAAUCGUUGACACCCUCCACGGUCAACUAAAAUCCACACUAAUUUGCCCGGUUUGUGCGAAAAUUUCGAUCAAAUUCGACCCGUUCGGCUAUAUUUCGCUACCUUUGCCACCCAAAGAACAAAUCAGUCGACAAACUGUCAUUAUUAUGUUUUUUAAACGAAAAUGGGCCAAGUUUUCGUUUACGUUGACGGAAAAUACGACGGUUGCCGAGGCCGAAGAGCUGAUGCGCGCCAAACUUCAAUUUGAGGAGGAGAGACAUGUGAGUGGCUGAAAAUUGAAUGAAAAUUAUGAAAUUUGAGUGAAAAUUCAUUAAAAAUGAUGAAUUUUUACCUAAAAUUCGAUGAAAAUCCCGAAAGUUUGAGAAUUGUCACCUAGAUUUUUACCUAAAAUUUGAAAAAAAUUACCACGUGGCAUUUUUUUGGCCCCAAAAGUCGAUAAUUUCGAAAAUUUUUGAAACACCCCGAAAAAAUACGUUUCAAAAAUAUUGUUAUAAAUUUUUUCGGAAAUUUCUGGUAAUGGAUCUUUCUCUAUUAGUUUACCAGAAUAAAAUAUUUGAUUUUGGAUUUUCGAGCUCAAAAAAUGCUCAAUGGCCAAUUUUAACCCGAAAAAUGGUUUCUAUGGUUAAAAUUAUCACUAUAUUCCCGUUUUCCCGCCAUUAUUUGACCUACCUACAGUAAUCUAGUCAAUUUUAUGCUGAAAAUGAGUUUUUUGCUGGAAUUUUUUGACUUCAAAAAAAUCUGAUUAUUAGCUGAAAAAAAUUUAAAUUUGAAAAAUGUCAUUUUCCCGCCAAUGUUCCCCUCUACAAUAAUCCAAUUAUUCUCAUUUUUCAGUUUGUCUUCUUCUAUUGUCAACCGGUCAGCGAUGAAGUUGUUCUGUUGCGACCAAAUGACACAAUUCGACAAUCGAUGGGUCGUGAAGUUUUUGUGGCCGAAGUUUUGCAUGAUCCACAUGCGCCCGGAACUAGAAUCGUUGUUGGAUUGUGAGUUUUUUGGUGGAAAAUUUGGAUUCUGGGGUCGAAAAUGAGCUCUGGAGCAAGUUUUUCAAAUUUUCGAAAAAAAAAUUUCAAAGGCGCAUACCGUACCCCCGAAAUUUUUUAAGGUCAACAUUUUGUGUGGGUACUACUGUAUCUGUCAAAUUCUUUAAAAAAAUUUCACUUUUACAAAAAAAUUCAUUAGGCAUCUUGAUCAUCAGAAGGGUUCUACUCAAUGUUUUGCUCAUUUCCACCAGAAGCACGAUUUGGAAAAUAUUUGAAAGCAACAAAUCCAGCAAACACCAAACUCGCCACUAUCAAAAAUAUUCCAAUAGAACAAACGACAAUAUUACCAAUGACAACCGAUUUCAACGAAAAUACGGUGUCAAUUAAUUCAUUAUAAUCGGCACCAUUUGUUUUUCUAGUUUUGUCGUCUUUUUCGGCUCCUUUAAACAAAUCCUCGUAUUUUUUUUGAACGUUGACACUGCGGACCAAAGCAAGGAUGACAAGGAUACACUCGAGAACUUGCGUGCCAAUUACAAUGAAAAUGAAAUAGUAUUUCUGGAGACAGACGAAGACAAGUGCAAUUGUGCCAGUUACAAAUGGCAUGAAAAAUGCUGGAGCAAUUGUGGCUUCCUCGCUCACUCUCUCCCACUUCCAACCUGUUGUUUUCUCAAGUCCUCUCAAAAGAUCUUUGUAGACAACGGCUUCUCUGAAAAUUUGCAGACAUUGUGUUUGUGCCUUCUAUAGAUUCAGUGCCAAAAACUCACCUGAUGACUUGAACUAAAACUGUGAAACCAAGCAAUAAGUGUAACACACCGACGACGAUCAUACCGACCUGAAAACACACAGAAUUUCUAGUUUCUAGUAAAAGCCUCUGUACAAUAGCACAACUCACCUUAAAACCAAUGUUCAAAUCAGCUCUCGAAUUCAUCUUUGAAUGUUAUCGUAUUAUUGUCUAUAGAACUAUGAGAGAUUCUAAAUUUUCUUUAUGACAACUAAAAAUGAGCUAAGCUGGGUUUAAACUCGAAUUUUAUAGAGAAACUAGUAGAUCUUAUCUUUCAAAAAAAAAAACACUGACGUGGAACAAGAAAUGUCACGUGAAAAAUAAGAUAAGCGCUCCACCGAAAUGAACACGCAACGCAGACCGCGCCGCGCCACAACACACACAAAUAAGGGAGAGAAUUUGAAUCGUGCAUUUUUCGCCCUAUCAUUAAAAUCCCGUAAUGUGAAAUUUAUUUAGAAAUGUUCAUUUCUUUGAGCUAAAAAUUUGCAUUUUCAAAUGAAAAUUGAUCUCUGGAGCAUUUCAGAGCUGGAAAUUUGAUGGAAAAUGAGCUCUGGAGCACUUUUUGAGCCAGAAAAUUGAAUUUUUGAUGAAAAUAGGCCGUUGUUCUGUAAUUCAGCUGAAAAUUGACGAUUUUGGCUCAAAAUCAUCUCAUUUUGAAAUCCCGAAAAUUAUAUGUUUCAAAAAUAUUUCAUAUUUUUUGGAAUUGAAAUUGAAAUAGUUCAUUGAUUCUAAUUUUUGGAUGAAAAUUAUGAAUUUUGCCUCUAAAAAUUCCCAAUUUUCCAGCAAUCGCUUCAAAAUCAAUCGUCAAUGUUCGCUUCCAAUGAUCUAUACACUAAAAUCGGGCGAAGAAUUGACUCGAAAAUUUGUGUUCGACACAAUUCUCGAGACCACCAAACAUCUCUUCUUCCACGAUAAAGAAUUCAAUUUGGAUGAGAAUAAUGGAGAAGAUGAGAAUGAGGAAAUGACGACAUCGAGUACGGCGAAUGCUGCACAAAAUGGAAAUGUGACUGCUGAUAAAGGUGAGCGCUGAAAUUUGACUGAAAAUGAGCUAGAAUUUAAGAUUUUUGAGCAAAAAUGAGCUAGAAAUCAUGAAAAAUGAAGGAUUUUGGCCUAUUUUGCUCCAAAAUACAAAAAUUUCAAUUUAGCGGCUCCCAGAGCAUAAUUUCUAAUCAAAAAUCUGAAAUUUAGGCUCCUAAAUUCAAAUUUUGAGCUUAAAAAGCGCUGGGGCCGAUUUUGAACCUAAAAAACUGAAAUAUUCACUUCAAUGUGUUCCAGAGCCUAAUUUCAGUCAAAAAUUCAAAUUUUCAGCUUAAAAAUGCUCAUGGGCUCAAUUUCUGGCCAAAAUUCUAAUUCUGACACUGAAAUUGAGCUCUGGAGCAGUUUUGAGCUCGAAAAUUCGAAUUUUUGUUUGAUUUUCGAACCCUGAAAUUUGUGACCUGAAAUUCAUGAUUUUUGGCUGAACAUCUGCAAGUUCUAGCUCAAAAUCUACAGAAAAAUCUGAAAAUUCAGACAAAAAUCGAUAAUUGUGAAUUUCUGGUUGAAAAUUCUCGAAAAAUCUGAAAUUUCCAGCUUGGCCACCAUUCCGAAUAAUGUAUGCACCAGCUGGUUCGAGCUCUCCAAUUUCGUUGCCAGAAAAUGAUGAUCCGAUUCCAUUCCCAGCCAAUGGAAAUGAUAACUAUCGAAAUUAUCAACAAGUCACAUUUUUCUGGAAAGAUGGAAAAACUAAGAUGUUUAAUCAAUAUAAGGGAGCUGUGAGUUUUUUUUCAGAGAAAAAUUGAAAAAAAAAUCUAGAUUUUCAGCUCAAAAAAUGAGCCCAGGCGCUGUUUUUUAUCUAAAUUUUGAAUUCUGAGCUGAAAAAUGAGCCCUAAACUAUUUUUCUUGCUGAAAAAAGCCAAAAAUGUGAAUUUUGAGCUCAAAAUAGCCCCUGGAGCAUUUGUUGGCUGAAAAUUUGAAGAAAAUGAGCCCUGGGGCUGUUUUGAAGAGAAAUUUUGAAUUUUGAGCUUAAAAAUGAGCCUUGAACCAUUUUUCUAGCUGAAAAAAGCCCAAAAUGUGAGUUUUGAGCUUAAAUUUGAAGAAAAAUGGGCUCUGCAUGAUUUUCUGGCUGAAAAUCCUCACAUUUUUCAUUCCUAAAAAUUAUAUGUUUCAAAAAUAUUGUAUAGAUUUUGGAAUGGGAAUCAAAAUUGAUGUUUUAUUUAAUUUUUUUUUAAAUAUAAAUAGUUCAAUUCUGGAAUUUCUAGCACAAAAAUUAGUGAAAAAGCUGAAAAUUUCUUGAAUUUUUCAGAGGCUUCAUAUCAAAAUCUACAAUUCGGGCUCUUUUUUAGCUCUAAAAUGCUCCAGGACAUAGUUUUAACCCAAAAACAGCUUCUGGAACAAUUUUUGACCUGAGAGUCGAUAUUUUGAGCCUAAAAAUUCUCCAGGGCUCUUUUUGUUGGAAGAAAAUUUGUCUUGAGCCAAUUUUCAGCUCAAAGUGGUCAUUUCCCAAAAAUGAUUCAUUUUGGCUUAUUUUUCUUGUAAAUUUCAAAUUUUCAACAAAAAUUUGAACAUUUUUAAGUAAAAUAUGAUUUUCAGCUCAAAAUUUCCAGAAAAAUCAUUUUCAGCACAAAUUUUUAGCCGAAAACCUCAAAAUCCAUCAAAUUGAAUAUUUUCAAGAAAAAUUUGAUUUUCAGCUUGGAAUUUAAGCCAAAAAUCCUCAUUUUUCCAUCAAAAUUUCCAGGAUCUUAUCGAACGUGAAAUCGCAGUGCAACUUCGCCGAAAAGUGCACCUCUACGAAACUCUCGAAUGGUUCACAACAAAAGAACAACUCGGCGAGCAAGAUUUGUGGUAUUGUCCAGAAUGCAAAAAACACGAGAGAGCCACAAAACAACUCGAUUUAUGGAAACUUCCCGAUAUCCUCAUUCUUCAUCUCAAAAGAUUCCAAUAUACUCGAUGGUCGCGCGAAAAAUUGACAUGGGAUGUUGAGAUUCCGGUGAAAGGAUUGGAUUUGACGAAUAUUGUGGCGAAUGAGAAACAUGAAAAAGCAAUUUAUGAUUUGAUUGCGGUUAGUCGACAUUAUGGAAGUAUGAGUGGUGGACAUUAUACAGCUAGUGGAUUUAAUGAUAAAAUUAAAAAGUGGAUUGAUUUUAAUGAUGCAUGUGCUUCGAUUACUAUUGGACCCAAUGAUCCUUAUGAAUCUUCUGAUCCUUAUAUGUUGGUUUAUCGUAGAAGACGAUUGGAUGCGAAUGGUCAACCAAUUCAGGAUGUUUAUUCCGAUGGUGAGGGUUUUUGGGGUGAAAAUUGGAUUCUGAAGCGCCUUUUGAGCUAACAAAUUGAAUUUUUAAUGAAAAUUGAGCUCUGAUGUGCUUUUCGAGCUGGAAAUUUGAUUAAUAAUAAGCUCAAAAGGUAUUUUUGAUCCAGAAAUCACUUUUUUUUAAUGAAAAAUGAGCUCUGGAGCAUUUUUGAGCCAGAAAAUUGAAUUUUUGAUGAAAAAUGAGCUCUGGAGCAUUUUAGAGCUGAAAAUUUGGAUUCUGAAGUCGAAAAUAGGCCGUUGUUUCGGCUGAAAACUCAUGAUUUUGGCUGAAAAUCAUCAUAUUUUGAAAUCCCGAAAAUUAUAUGUUUCAAAAAUAUUGUAUAGAUCUUGGAAUUGAAAUCAAAAUUGAUUUUUUCCAGUUUUGUUUCAUUAAAAAAAAUCUGGAAUUUCUAGAACUAAUUUGAAAAAAUCAGGAAUUUCUAGAACUAAAUUUAAUGAAAAAUCUAGAAAACAAAGCUAGCAUGAGAAAUGUUUUUCAGAAUCCUACAAAUGUCGUUUGCCAUCAAAACGAUCACAUGAACAAUCGGCGGCUGAUUCGAUUGAUGAAAAUAUGGAAAUGGAUGAAGAUUGA